AAAAAAAGCACAUCAAAAGAAUAAAAAAUGGACCAGUGAGAAGGGUACUCAUAAAUAAGUGCUGUGGAAGAAAGUGGUGCAACGUUUCGUAUAAAAACAAUUUUCAAAACAUAAAUUCAACGGCCAUCAAGAACAAUCCAACCUCUCCUAAAAAAACGGAGAAACUAAAUGAUUAUGCUGCGUCUAAAUCGAUACACUCAACAGAUAUAAUGGAUUAUAAUUCAAUUAUAUCCGGCCCUGCAGAAUCUACUGCCAAAGGCACUGACAGAUAUGUCAGUUUUUCUACGCCUACGCCUCAUGUAGUAAUCAUCGAGGACACAAGACGUUUGCCCACGGUUUAUUCACUGACAUCUACUGUCUCAGUUUCUGGUGCUGAAACAACUCCUGUUGGGUUAGAACCUACCAACUCACCCUCAACAACUUUGGUAGAAUUUCCUUUGGUUUCUACUAGCAUUAUGAGGGCUGAGAGCGAGUCCACGAAAAUCACUGGAAUUUCUGUCCCCCCAAUGACCAAUGAGCUGAUGACAACAAUGCCAAAUGCAAAUUUAAUACUGGACAAUGUGGCGAGCGGCACCACGUCAUCAACAAACACAAUUACUAUUUUUGGUCCUGUUGUGACUGCCACAGCAACUAUUUCAACUACAGCGAGCACAUCUACAACUCUACAAGUUUCAACAAUAAUUUCCAGUGCAACAAGCGAUCCCACAACUUCAAAAACAUUAGAUACUACUAGCAUUCCUGCCGUAACUACCGUAACAACUGCUUCAACAAGACCGAGUACUACGACAACUAUGCGGAUAACAACAACUAUGUCAGUUGCUGAGAAAACGGUGCUCCUGAAAGGAAUUUGCAAUACAUCCUAUGCGAAAGAGUCUUCAGCAUUUUUUCCUGAUGGGACAUUAAAAAACGCAUCACAGUAUGGUUUUUGGGUAGAAGCUUGUGGUCAGCAGUUUUUAAUUGGAAGAUCAUUGGUGCAUUGGACGGAAAAUUUUAUCAAUUGCUAUAAAAUUGGCAUGGAGCCGAUAUCUCUUGAAAAUUACACUAAACAAAGCUGUUUUAUUAGGGAUCUAAUUUCCAAAUGGAACUACCCUUCAAAAAUUUGGACAUCGGCUCAACGUGUCAGCUCAACAAGUUUCUCGUGGUGCUCAAAAAACGGAUCCCUGGCUGUCACUUUUGCUAAUGGUGCAGGUCUUUGGGCAAGUGGGCAGCCAGACAACUUGAAUGGAAACCAAAACUGCACACAACUCAGCGCGUUCAAGUCGAAUGCCACAUUGACACUUUCAGAUCAAAUGUGCACCGAUAAAUAUUUCCUAGCUUGCCAGGGCCCCCCAACUUCAUCUCCAAAAAUACCAAAACCGGUCUACCCAAAUAUUCCUUGCGCGAUAAAUACAGCAAAGUUCAUAACCGUUAACAACCGGCCGUAUUUGAUCAGACGCAGCUACGUUGGAAGUUGGAUCACAUUGAACGGGCGCGUGUAUAUGUUCAGCUAUCGUAAAGUCACACAGACUUACGCCGGGGCUUUUCAAGAAUGUUGCCGCAUUGGAAUGCGUUUAAUCAGUUUUGACAUGACCUUCAAAUACAACGCACUGAUGAAUGCAAUUAAAACGUAUGGAGCGGAUGGAGAUUAUUUUUGGACUUCCGGGAUUAAAACGGGGAGUGACGGGAAAUUUGGUUUCCUCGGAGUCCAGAAGCCCCUAAGAAGCGACGCGCCUUGGGAGCCAGGCCAGCCAGACAACGCGGGCGGCAUCGAGAACGCUGUCGCAGUUUAUGCAAAUGCCAGUUAUGCAAGUUUGUUCGAUUUUGAUGAGAAGAAGACAAUGAGAUACAUAUGCGAGGCCAUCGAUGGAACACAAAAUAACACAGGUGGAACAGCGGCCAGUGUCGAAUGUGCCUUUACUUACAACGUUAGCCAAAUUGAGAUUGACCAACUCCUAAAUAACACUUAUAACUUGGAUAUUCGAUUGAAGUGCUUUUUGCGGUGCAUGGGAGAGCAAGCUGGAUUGAUGGUUAACGGGGUGUACAUUGACAGUCAAGUUUUGGCUAUUCUGGAGACCAUGGCUCAGGGAAAUAUUAGCGAAUUAUCACAGAAUGUGGCAGUUGCCACUGAAUGUGGAAUCACGCCAGAGGGCAUGGACGAAUGCGAUGUGGCUGCAGAAAUUAUAAGAUGCAGCUAUGACAAAUCCCCCAACGUUGUGAGAGGAAUUAUUACAGCCGUCGAUCAAUCACUGCCUAUGCCUCCGCAGAAUGAUUUUACUACUUUACAAGGUCAAUGUCCUGCUCCAGUGUGCACUAUCAACUCUACUGCUCAGAAAAUAGUCGCUGAUUGCACUGGUAAUUGCGUCACGCCUGUGGGGAGUAUUUACAAUGUAUGUGGAAAGAAAUGGUACAAAACUUCAGCCAUGUAUACUGACAAAGAUAAUUAUCUCUGUGCUUGCGGAGAAGUUGGAAUGAAAUUGGCUUCGUUGGAAAACCCAGAUAUCUUAAAGUGCAUGCAAAACGCCACUGCUGUUGCGUACCUGGUGUUGGCGUUGUUUGACAUCGUUGGCGAUGGAAACUUACGUUGGUGCCCAUCUAACAAAUUAUUCUCAGCAGAAGGUUUCUCAAACGUUACAUUCGACCCCAGUAAUAGGCCAGGAUUUAUGUUUGUACGAUUGCCCUCUUGUCAAUUAACUUUUACACCUAAUUUUUUGUUGCGUUUGUUGUGCUCUGAUUAAAACAAGUAUAAUAAUGCAAUGUGUAUGAGCUCUCACGCCUCAGUAGUGACUUUUAAUGUGACAUCAUUUUUA